UCUCGGUUUUCGAAUUAUUCAGCUGGCAGAUGUACUACAUUCAAUGAGACAAUAGCAAAUGUAAAGGCUAAACAACCUUACUGGAAGCUAAAUAUUUUGAAUGUGGACCAGUAACAGUAACAAUGAGCCAUUCUAUCGUGGAAAAGCCUCUUGCGGAAAAAUCAAAUUCAUUCCUUGGACUCGAAGGAGAAACAAAUUACCUUCGCAGUUUAGCUAAUAUUUAGUUCCUUACAGGACUUUGAAAUCUAAAUUAUGUCAUUCGCUCAGCUAGAAGAGAGGCAGGGUGAUGGGAAAAGGUUGAGCUUGGCAGAAAAGGGGGAGUUACGACCUCAGAAGGAAGUACAACACGUUUACCCCGUUGAUUACAAUAUCCCGAUGGCGAAUGCAGGUGCCAAAAAGAAGAAGAAGUCGCCUUUCUAUUUCAUACGAAGGAACAAAUCAAUAAAACUGAAAAGAAGACCAACAGCUAAAAGGCCAAGAGUUUCAAUGGAACUCUUGAAUUUGGCAAAAGAAAAGCGCAUUAGCGAUUCGACCCUAAAUGUGCUAUCGGCGAAUGGGUACACAACAAUUGAUGACGUUAAGUGCAUAGAUGAACCGGAUUUGGAGAAGUUGGAUAUCGUGCUGCUUGCACAGAAAAGCUUAGUACGCAAGACUGUUGCUGAGCUGAAUGAACAGGAUCAUCAAGAUGGCGGAUCUGUUAUUGUCGAUUCUGAUAGCUGGGCCACCUCCAGGGAUUCAGAGGGACGACACCAUCACGUGAUGCGGGUUAUUGAGGAAGAAAGAGAGCGGGCGAACUCUGAGUCGGAAAGAGAAAACACGACGUCGAGUUCAUCGAUUCAAGGAUGUUCUGCACCUCAGGAACAGAAGAUUGAAUCGACGCAUGUGCAAUCAAAAGGCAAGACAACCGCUGACUUGGAGAGUGAACAGAGUACACCGAGGCAUACCAACGAUGAAGGACCAUCUAACGAGGUUGAAAUAAAAAAUGGAGAGGAUUGCAUGGACGAGCAAAAAAGCACUACAGAAACGAAUUCAACGAACGGGACGAACGACAUGAUCGAGAAAGAACAGGAUUAUAAGGAUUUCAUUUCAUGUGGUUUGGCACUUCUGGAGGACAUGAUUUUAGACGAGAAAUCAGACAGUCUGGCCUACUGCCGCCAUCUUUCCUUUUGCACCAUCAAGGCGAUGUCAGAUUCCACGGUCGCCGAUGUCGUGCGCUACGAUAAUGCGCUACGACUGAGGAUAGAGCGCACUGGCUCCUCCUUUCCAAAGCGGCCAGAUGAGGAACUAUGCGCCGAGUAUUUGAUAGGGCCCUACGACUUCCAUUUGUCGUUGGUACGUGGCAUUGGCAAGAAAUGCACGGCCAAAGGAAAGACGGAAAACCCAACGGUCAAAGCGAGGCGGAAAUCAGAAGAUCACGCGGCUAAAGCAAGGAGGCAAUCUGAAGAUCCCACGGUCAAAGGAAGAAGGCAAUCUGAAGAUCCCACGGUCAAAGCUAGGAGACAAUCUGAAGAUCCCACGGUCAAAGCUAGGAGGCAAUCAGAAGAUCACGCGGCUCAAGCAAGAAUUCAAUCUAAAGAUCCUACGGUCAAAGCUAGGAGGCAAUCAAAAGAUCACGCGGCUCAAGCAAGAAUUCAAUCUGAAGAUCACACGGUCAAAGCGAGGACGCAAUCUGGAGAUCCCACGGUCAGUGCAAGAAGGCAUUCAGAAAAUCCCACACCGAAAACAAGGUGGCAAUGGGACUGGGAAUUCCCCACGGAAACCAUAAAAGAGGUGAUGUCUAAGAAAUAGUAAAAAGAAGGACAAACUGAAGAAACGGACGGUUAAACGAGUUUUCGAUGGGAUGUUCAGCUGUGAUAUAGUAAUGAUAAUGAUAUCGCUACCAAGAGU